UUGUUAGUCUUGCCGCGGCGGUUGAUAAGCGGGGAUAUACGUCGUUCGGCCAAUAUUCGAAGACAUAUUUUCAGUGUUUAGAACAUUACCUUGAUUCGAAGAACGUCGAGAAUGCGAAAAUUAUGUUCCACGAUGCCGAACGAAGGAGCCCGAUGACGCGGCUCAUUAUUUUCUAAGCUCCGGAGGUUUUCUCGUUCUUCGUUUCUUUGAUUUUUUAUUUCCUUUUGUUUCCCGUUCAUUUUCGAGUUCGCUCGACGAUCGAAGCGGCGAUUUUCAACUGAAAAAUGUGCAGGCAAUAAAAAGAUAACAAUCAGUGGACUAUGAUAGUUAGUGAUUUUUUAGCAACAACGGUUGCCAAAAUUCCGCACUCCCGGGACGAUUGUUUCGAUUUACGCUGGUUUGAACCCAGUACCAUUGAAAUUGUGGAAAAGUUGUAGCCGAGAAAAUAAAAUAUUGAAUUAUGUGAUAACGAAGAGACGUGGUAUCAUGUGAUUAAUUUUUCUGUUCACUUCAUUAUUUCGUUUUAACGUAUGAUUUUACUCCGCAAACGAAUGGGAUCAUUGACCGAGCGGGAAAUAAAUCACAGGCUAUCGAAUCACACGUGAUUUUAGCGUUGAUUUUUAAAUACCCACGAGCACGUGGGUUCUCGAUUUUCAUCUAUUCCGUUGUUCGUAAAUUGACUGGAAUGGGUAAGAAAUCAGUCGGUCGUUCGUUCAAAGUCAACAACUGCAACUAGUGGGGAGGUUGUACUUCUAGCCAAAUCAAAUACUGACGAUAGCGCGAGAUAACGUAUAAUGUUGUGGCCAUCCUGCAGAGAUAAACUGAAAGAAACUCGAAACUAAUUUACCGAAGAGGAGAUAUUCAAAGUUCCUAUAGCACGAGAAUCAUCGGCAAAGUUCGACAAGAAAAACAGAAUGAACGUGUAAAUGGAAGAUAGAAAUCCGAGCGUCCCGCGUUGUUCUUCUCUCCGAGAAAUUCCUCGUCUUUUAUUCUACGUUGUUUGAAAAAUCAACGCUUAUUUUGGUAUCCGUCGGUGAAUGUUCCGCUGCCUCCUCCGCCGCCGUUACACUCCUCGGGGAACCGACUAAACCGUGGCUAACUCCGGAGCGAACGAGUCGCAAAGGGCAACAGCCGCACGACGCGGACGCUCAACUCUCAAGGGCAGACGCCAAGCGAGCCGCACGCUCGCCGGUUUUUAGUUUCGCUUUUUGUGUGACCGGAGUGACCGUAAUUUUCAAAAACGAUAUAGAAAAUUUUCAGAGGUUCUCGCACAGAGUAUAAUCCCAAGUGAAACCACCCAUCGCCCAAGUGAUUUCCGGCGACGAUUUCGUCAGAAUUUUCGCACGCUCUGAAAACAGUGGUGAUUUUUCGAUACUCCGCACGCUCGCGGAAGCGAAAUAAUUGGAAUAAAAAAUGAAACGCCGUUUACCGGAUGUUAUUAUCCUGAUUAGGGCAGCUGUCCUUGCAGCUGUUCUUUCGGAACUCGGGGUCCUAUCCAGUCGACCCGCUGGCGCUCAUCCUGGCCACGCUUAUUUCGAACAACCAUGCUGCGGACAUUCUCAUCUGCGCCAUCACAAAGAACACGUGAGGGAAUUUAGCUGCGGGAUGCUUUACUACAGAACACUCUACCUGGACAGUAAAAGAGACGCUCUCUACGUCGGUGCGAUGGACAAGGUGUUCAGAUUAAACCUGAGCAACAUCAGCCAUUCGAACUGCGAGAGAGAUGCUCUCAACCUUGAACCCAGCAACGUGGCUAACUGUGUUUCGAAAGGAAAAUCAGAGCAUUUCGAUUGCCGAAAUCACAUACGAGUCAUACAACCUAUGGGAGAGGGAAAUCGACUGUACAUGUGCGGCACCAACGCGCACUCACCCAAGGAUUGGGUGAUUUACAGUAAUUUGACGCACCUCCCGCGUCACGAGUUCGUUCCAGGUGUUGGAAUGGGCAUAGCGAAAUGCCCUUACGACCCCGCCGAUAAUUCUACGGCGGUUUGGGUCGAGAAGGGAAAUCCCGGUGAACUUCCGGCUUUGUAUUCCGGUACAAAUGCCGAGUUCACUAAAGCGGAUACGGUCAUCUUCAGGACGGACCUGUACAAUCUUACUACCGGUAGAAAGGAAUUCAGUUUCAAACGGACCCUUAAAUACGACUCCAAAUGGCUGGAUAAACCAAAUUUUGUGGGUUCCUUCGACAUAGGAAGUCACGUAUUUUUCUUCUUCCGCGAAACGGCGGUCGAGUAUAUAAAUUGUGGCAAAAGCGUUUACUCGCGAGUAGCUAGAGUGUGCAAACGGGACACCGGAGGAAAAAAUAUACUGGCCCAAAAUUGGGCGACCUAUCUGAAAGCCAGACUGAACUGCUCCAUCCCUGGAGAGUUUCCUUUUUACUUUAAUGAAAUACAAAGUAUUUACAAAGUUCCUGGCGACGACACACAUUUUUACGGUACAUUUACAACGUCGACGAACGGUCUGAUGGGCUCGGCCAUUUGUUCGUUUCACGUUGACGCUGUUCAGGAAGCUUUUCGUGGCAAAUUCAAAGAACAAGCCACGAGUAGUAGCGCCUGGCUUCCAGUUUUGUCCAACAAAGUACCUGAACCAAGACCAGGACAAUGCGUGAAUGAUACCGAAACACUGCCGGACACUGUACUCAAUUUUAUCAGGUCGCAUCCGCUCAUGGAUUCCGCUAUUUCGCACGAAAAUGAGAAACCAGUUUUCUACAAACGGGACAUCAUGUUAACCAGACUCGUAGUUGAUAAAUUGAGAAUCGAUUUCGUCGGAAUGGAUCUCGAUUACACCGUCUACUACGCGGGUUCCAGUGACGGAAGAGUUCACAAGGUUGUCCAGUGGCUCGACGGUAAUGGAGAAUCGCAAUCGAUCCUGUUGGACGUUUUCGACGUAACUCCGGGCGAGUCGAUUCAAGCAAUGGAGAUAUCCAAAGAGCACAAAGCUCUUUACGUUGCAUCGGAUCAUAGGAUAAAACAAAUAGACUUGGUAAUGUGUUCGAGACGUUACGACAACUGUUUGAGAUGUGUUCACGAUCCUUACUGUGGUUGGGACAAGGACACGAACACUUGCAAGCCCUACGAACCUGGUCUUCUUCAAGACGUUUCCAACAGUACGGCGGACGUGUGCGACAGUAGUGUUGGUAAAAGAAAAUUGGUAGUGACUUGGGGUCAGUCGGUGCAUUUAGGAUGUUUCGUUAGGAUGCCCGAAGUGCUGGCAAAUCAGGAAGUGCGGUGGUACCACUACAGUAAAGAAAAAGGAAGGUAUCAAAUAGUUUACAAGUACGGUGCCGGUGGCGAUAAAUUCAUCGAGACAUCGGAAAAGGGGCUUGUUAUCGUUGGAGUUAACGAACAAGAUGCCGGGAGGUACGACUGUUGGCUUGGCGGAGCUUUGUUAUGCUCGUACAACAUCACCGUCGACGCUCACAGAUGUUCGGCCCCGGCAAAAUCGAACGAUUAUCAAAAAAUAUACUCCGAUUGGUGUCACGAAUUUGAAAAAUACAAAUCGGCCAUGAAGAGUUGGGAGAGAAAACAAGCGCAAUGCGCGUCAAGGCAAAACGACAGCAAUCAGAACGUUCACACGAACGAGGUGUACGGUUCUUCUCUGGUCUGAUGAAUCUUUGAUUCGAGUAUCCGAUCUUCGCUUUCUGCUGCAGAUUUUCACGGUAAAGAACAAAACAAUUAAUUCUCAAUAAUAAUUAUUAUUAAAAGUAACAAGAAUAAUAGGAAUAAAAUUAAUAAUACUAAUCGUAUUGAUGAUUUACCUUCAAAAUGGAGACAAAUAAAUCAGAUGACGAUUCUCGCGAAAUAGAAAUUCUAUACAUAUUCGAAACGGUGAGCAAAAAGUGCACAAGUGCGAUAUCAGAUUACCGUUUACUGAUGUGUCUACAUCUACUCACGUAGAAUAUCUAUGCAUAAAACUUACGGAAAUCGCAUCGAUUGUUAUUAUUAUUUUAUAAAACUGAACCAUCGUCGGCGUUUGGCAAGGAUUUUAAAGCUGAAAAAAAGAAAAAUUGAUGAAAACAAAAACAACAAUCAUGAAAUCAUGAAAUACCCAACACAAACAAAUCACGACUGUACAUUACGAUACAAAUAAUAAUAAUAAUAACAAUACUAAUACUAAUACAAUUUUUGGCUGCACAGUAGCGACUAUUAUUACAUAGUACAUACGUCGAUAUGACAUGGUCGCUGCAGUUUCCUCUAGGGCUGCUAUAUUGUAUAAUAAUAAAUCGACGAUCAUGAUAAUACUAAUAAUAACAAUAUUAAUAAUAUUAAUGAAAAUAGUAAUAAUAAUAAUAAUAAUAUUAAUGAAAUAAUUCCGACAAGAAUGAGAAAAAUAAUGAUUUCUUUUACAAUCGCUUGCUGUAAAUAAGCGUGUCGAUAUACGUAUAUAGGUAUAAAUGACGAAUAAAUAAAUGAAUGGAUAAAUAAUUGAAUAAAUAACGAGGUGGUGUACAUGUAUAAUGAUAGGUCUGGGUCUAAUCUAAUUAUAAAUCAUAUUCUGUGAAUAGAAUUUUCAAUCGCGAUGCCAAAAAUCGAAUGAUUUUAUUACGUUCUUUGGUAUUUUGACACCACGAUAACUUCCUUUCUAUUUUAUAAUUCAUCUUUCACAAUUAGUCUCAUUUUUCAUUCAUUGUCAGACCAAACUCUUUUGAAAUAGAAAUUUUAACUUUCGUCGGGCUACGUUGUAAUCCUUCCAUCAAAAUAUUUUGCAAUUGGUUUUUAACAAAUUUCAGAAAUCUGAUGGCGAGGGAGUAAAAAGGUAGGAUUUUUUUCAAGUGCGUAUGCAGGCCCAAUUCAGAUAACAUCGCUAAUAAAAUACCUACAUACCUAUAUACAUGCGUAUGUAUGUAAAGUGAGUAUGUUUUCUUAUAGACCUGUGAUAUAAAUAUGUAUUGAAAGCUGCUGGUGUACGAUUUUCCGCGUUAAAAGAAAAAAGUAAUAAAUAAUGAUUAAAAUAUUAUUAAUAAUGAUAACAAUAAUAAUAAUAAUAAUGAUACGCAUAUGCGUAUGCGUAUGCGUAUAACACGUUACAUAUUAUGCCCAAUAAUAGAACACGUAACAUAUUAUGCCCAAUAAUAUUGCGGUGUUUAGAAGUGCGGGAGUACAUACAUGAUAAUAUAAUUGUAUAAUUUAUUCAAUAAUGACAAAAGAGAGAGAGAGAGAAAAAAAAAAUGAAAAUAAUGAACAGAUAAACAAGUGAAAUAAAAAAUGAUAGCGCACCAGUUUGUUGAAUGUAAUAAUUAAUUGAUAAUAUUAUUGAUAAUAUUUAUUAUUAUUGCUCUCGCACAUGGCUGAAAACAAUCAUAAAUGUCUUACUUAGAAUGUUAUCAACUUAAAUGCAUUUCACCUGUAUAUGUAUGAUUAAUGUACGUGCGAAUCAUGAAAGCGUCUGAUUUACCAGUUCAAGUAUUUAGAAACAGGGAGAGAAAAGUAAAAGUCGAGAGAAUAAAUGAAGGAACCAACUGGCCGAAAGAUAUUUGAAGUAAUACAGAAAAAAAAAAAAAACUUUGGAGUAAAGUAAUGGUGACAAAGAACAGGCUUUCAGCUUUGGCUCUGCAGUUUAGCGAAGAAUGAUGAUUUUUUUUUUUUCGUAGUAUGAAUGAUAAUGUGAAAGGACUCCACCUUUCUCUUCAGAAUAUUCCGGUUUACCCGAAGUGAAUAUUACACUAUUCGUAAUUCUUGCCUUUUUUAUUAGUUUGUAAAUAAUUAUAUAAAUUUUUAAUAUAGGUACAGUAUUUUUUUAUAUAUUCCUACUUUCAUUGAUGCAUUUGAUUUCAACGUCCGUCUCUCUUUUUUUUAUAUUAUUCUAUUUACUGCCCAUUACACUUUCAAUAAUAAUGAUAAUGAGUAACAAACAUAGCGAUGUAGCAACGACGAUUACUUACGGGCAACAUCGAAUCCCACAAGUAAGUUUUUCGGUUGGUAUUGUUGCUGUUAUCAGUAUUACAACAAUUACUAUUAUUAUUGUCAUUAUCAAUGUUAUCAUUUCUGUACAAAGUCAUUAAUAUUCUCUCCUUAUCUUUUGUUUCGAAUACAAGGAAGAAACAGAAAAAAAAAAUGGAAAUGUUGAAACAAUAGAAAAAUUAAUCGAUGACUCUGUUGUUGAUAGUAUUGAUUUUUGCAAUUAUAAAAAAUACUAAACAUGAUUGAAUGAAACCUUUUGAAGUUUAGUCAAGUUUAGUAAUAACAAUUAACGUAAUAAUAUUAUUAAUGAUAAAUUUAUGACACCUAUUGUAAAAUACACAUAUAUAUAAAUGAAUUCUGGAUCUAAAUUAUGGAACCGAUUACUUUUGUAUCCCGCAUAACUGUAGCUAUACUUUAAUAUACAUUUCAAUGGUAGUCACAUCCAUGGAAAAAUAAUUGGUCGGAAAAAAUAUAUAAGAACAAAGAAUUAGAAAAAAAAAAACCAAACAAAUGGAACAGAAUACGUGCGAUGCAUUCUACACGUAAUAAACUAUGCAGACAUGGGAAAAUAAUUAAAUUGUAUAAUAAUAAUAGCCACAAUGAUCAUUCGCAUGAAAUAAUGAUUAUCGAUGACUUAACGAUACAAAUACUAUUAUUAUUAUUAUUUGAUCAUCAUGUGAUUUCAUUAUACAUAUUAUAGUAAUAUUUUAUAGGUAUAUAUGAGCUUCAAGAAAAAAAAAUAAGAAUAAUAAUAAGAAUAAUAAUAAAUGAAUGAAAAAUAUGAAAAUAAAAGUAAAAUAAUUCGAAAUAAUCAAGAAGUAAUAAAAAAUGAACACAAGUAUUGAUUAGUAUUACGAUUGAAUAUAAUUUUAGUGUAAUUUCAAUGAUAAUAUUAUUAAAAAUAAUAUGAUGCUAAUGAUAAUAAUAACAAUAACAAUAAUAAAAAUAAUAAUAAUAAUAAAGGAUCAUGGUGUAAGAGAAUCAAUAAUUCAUAUAAAUUAUGCUAACUAUUAUACAUAAACACAGCAGAACGAAGCGGACAAGAGAAAAUGAAAUAAAUCAAUGAACGAACUCAACGAUUUGUAAUAGAACGUGAGGAGAGAAAAAAAAAAAUAAAAAAAUGAUAUGGAAUAAUAUAACGAUACUUAAUGAUAGGUUUACCCUUCGACACACGUCAGCUGACAGAGAGUCUUCUUAUUCGAAAAGUCGGAAGUCGUGAUUACGGAAAGCAAUCUUGAAAAAAAAAAAAAAUGAAAACUGAAGUUGUUAGACUUAUUAUAUAAUAUAGAAUUUUUAAGAUACCGAUUCAAUAUUUAACGAUCAAUAGGAGAUGAGAGAGAAAAGAGAAAAUUAUCAUUAUUAAAUAAUACAUAUUGACACGAUUUGGUCUGAUCGAUCGUCAUACCGGAAACGAAAUAAAAAGACACAAAUGAAAAGAUAUCCUAGUAGAAGAUAUUUUAUUUGGCGUUACGGAAAAUACAAAUAAGUGAUCAGUUCAAGUAAAAUAUAAUUUUAAUUAACAGCCGUCAAAAAAAACUAGAACUCUAAUAACAAUCUUGUAAUAUUUAUAUUUUCAGUAACACCGAUAGAUUUAAUUUGAUCAGAAUAAAAAUGAAAUUGAAGAGAGAUCAGAAAAAAUAUACCGAGACACAUUUUAGGACAUAUUAUACCGAAUUGAUCAUACUUACAUGCAGUGUUAAUUGUAUAAUAAUGAUUAUUGUUAUUAUCAUUAACGAAAAUGGUUAAUGAUAAUAAUCGUAAUGGUAAUAACAACAAUAUGAAUGAUACAAUCAUUUGGUAUAAAUCUAUAUAUAUGAAUAAUGAAUAAUACUAAUGGUGGUCACUCCUUGAAAUCCCUAUACAUAAAAUAAUAAUAUUGAUCAUAUAUAUUAUUAUAUUAUUGAUGCGAUAAGAAAUAGCUAAUAACGACUUACUAUUGAAUAUCAUUAGGAAUAGCCAAUGACUGUAUAUUAGUUUUACAAAAAGAAAAAGAAAGAAAGAAAAAAAAAACAAUGAAAAAAGAAAUAUAUACUACCUUCUUUUUGAGUUUUUUUUUUUUGUGAAUUUUAUCUCUUCUACUUUUGAUUGGGAUAUCCAUUUUAAACGUGACUUUUACAUCGUAUUUUUAGUUUAUCUGAAAUCAGUACGCUAUAUAUAAUCUGUAUAGGUUCUAAUUAUUAUUGAUAAUCAUUGAAAAAUCAUGCACCCUACAUAUUAUUAUUAAUAUUGUUAUUAGCAUUAUUGUUAUCAAGAUUUAUAUAAAUGUGAUCACAACCUCGAACGCCAUCAACUGAAAUAAUCGAAUUAUCGUUCCUUUGAAACUCAUCGUUUUUUUUACUCUGACAUUACGCAAAUCUGAUUUAUUAUAAUUCGUUACAAAUACUCGAAAAAACGUGAGAGAAAAAACUACACUUCCCACAGAAAGACACACGUUCAUUAUUAUAAUUAAGAUUAACAAAUCGAACACGCGGGCGACGAAGAGGACGAACAAAGAAUAAAACAGGAUAACAUCAGCCGAAAAUUGUAUCGUACGAUUACCAUUAAAAUUACUCACAUGAUACAUUGGCGAAAAUGAAACACCUAUACAAAUAUACUUGGGUACGUAUCGUAUAAGUUGACAAAAUAAUUCAUGAGAUGAAAAAGUGAAAAAAAAGAAACCAAGGAAAGAACAAUUACGAACGGCGUAAGAUAAUUCUUUUUAGAUAUUCACCUAUACUGUAUACCUAAACCUAAACAUUCAAUCGCUAUUUUUAUCAAAAAACAAAACUAAGAUGAAGAAAACAAAAGAAUCUAAUAAUAACGAUAAUGAUAAUGAUAAUGAUAAUGAUAAUGAUGAGAAAAAAACCAACCAUGUUGAAAAAAAAAUCUUUAAUAGUUAUCCAUUGUUCACUAUUGCUAUAAUAAAGUUUUGCUUUAAUAAAUGA